AUGGUGGUGGAGGUUCAAGACGGAAAAAAAGGAUUAUGGAGGAGGAUUGUGUGGGCUAUACAUCAUAAUUCAAGAGCAUGGAGUGACAUCCCUGCGAAGAUUUCGGUGCCCGGGCCGUGGAAGAACAUUGUUAACAUUCGGCUAAAUAUGGAUAAUGUGGAUGUGGACCUAAAUCGUGUUGUAUCAACAGAGAUUACCAAUGGACUCACAACUGAAUUUUGGUUAGACAAUUGGGCCAGCUCUGGCCCAUUGUAUAAGCUAUUUCCGAAUCUGUUUAAACUGGAAAUAGAGAAGGAGUGUUCGGUGGCGGAUCGACUGGUUAUGGGCAGUUGUGGUAUGUCGUUUAAUUGGAGGUGGUCGAGGCCGGAUUUUAACUUUUCGGAGCAAACGGAAUUACAACAGUUGGAAAAUGAUCUAGAGGCGACUAAUUUGACGUCGGGGUGUGAUAAACGGAGCUGGAAAUAUGAUAAUGCAGGUGAGUUUAGAGUAUCCUCUUUUAAAAAAUUUAUUAGUAUGCAUAAUAGAAUUCGGCCUAGUCGAGUCUUCGAGUGGAACAAUUGGGUACCCAAAAAGGUGGCAAUAGUGGCGUGGAGGGCGGUAAUGGAGAGGUUACCAACUAAGUGCGCACUCUCGAACCGGAAUAUCGUUAUUCAGGACCGGUUUUGUUCGUUAUGCGGUAAUUAUGAAGAAACCAGUGAUCAUAUAUUCGUUGCUUGUCACUUUGCGCAAGUUAUAUGGCAAUACAUAGCGGAUUGGUGCAAAAUUCCCCCAAUUAUUGUUUUUGAUAUUAAAGAUCUUUUGGAGCUACAUGGUUUAGGUCCGGGUUCGAGGAAAAAGAAAAAAGUAAUACAUGCUAUCGUUCUAGUAGUCAUUUGGUGCAUUUGGAAAAUAAGGAAUGAUAGUGUAUUUGGACAAGCUAUUCCAAAUACGACUAAAGUACUGGAUGAAGUGAGAUCUAUGGCGUAUCUGUGGAUUAAAAAUCGAUCAAGGGAGGCGGAGCUCACAUGGGAAAAUUGGUGUAGGUUCAAUUUAUUUGGCUAA